AUGGCUAUUAUUCACAAGCUUCCAACUUUGGUUUUCUUGGUUCUGUUAGGUUUGGGCAUUUCUGCAGCUACUAGAGCUCUCUUCACACUUGAGGAGAGUUACACUCAUGGUGGUUACGAAGGAAGUGGAGCUGGUGAAGGUAGUGGAUCAGGAUAUGGUGGUGGAAUUGCAGGAGGAGGAGGAGGGGGUGGUGGUAGUGGAGGAGGUGGUGGAGGUGGAAGCGGAGGAGGAGGAGGCGCCCACGGUGGGGGUUAUGGUGGAGGGGAAGGAGCUGGGAGUGGUGGUGGAUAUGGUGGUGCUGGUGGAGCCGGUGGAGGAGGUGGGCAUGGUGGUGGUGGAGGAGGAGGAUCCGGUGCUGGAGGAGCUGGUGGAAGUGGAUACGGUAGUGGAGGUGGAGCUGGAGGAGGUGCGGGAGGGUCACAUGGUGCUGGAGGUGGAGGCCGUGGGAUGUCACCUAGCUCGUCGGUGACUUCGGUGAGGUUGCCGGGAGUUGGAGAAGGUGUUGAAAGGUAUCAAAAUGGGGGCAUGCAAACUCCGGGUGAAUAUAGCCAAGUUUACGGUAGAGAACGCGAAGAUUUGGGAACAGGAAGGGAUGCAGACGAGAAGGGAGGAGGGUCGCCAAGGGAAAUAACCGCAACAAAACAAUAA